GGAAUUCCGAAUCGAAACUUAAGAAGCUGAAACUGAUCAGAGGUUCGAGCGCGGGCGCGCGCGUGCAUGUAUGGAAGCGCAGAACGCGGAGGUUCAGCGUCGCAGACGUUUCUUGAAUGUUUUGAUCGGAUCAGCUGAUUGAUUCGCGGCGAUGGAGACUGGAAACUUCGUGUCCGAGUUGCACGAGUUCGCACAGAAAGAGCGGCGCGCGCUGACUUUUGAGGCCGUUAACCAGGAGGGAGAGGAUCACAACAAAAUAUUCACUCAGAGAGUCGUCCUCGAUGGGACACCGUACCCGAACGGUGUCGGGAAAACCAAGAAGGAUGCCAAGCAGAGAGCGGCUUAUGAAGCCCUGAAAUGUUUGUUUAAGGAUAAGUACCAGGACUCGACGGAACUGCUGGCCACACCUAAACAGACCAGCAUCAACUACAUCUGCUGGCUGAACCAGUACGGUCAGAGGAGCAGCCAGGAUGUGAAGCCAGAGGAGACUAAAAGAGCUGGAGAAUUCUGGUGUGGGUUUUUGAUCGGUGACACAAAAUACCCAGAGGCCUCUGGUCCAACCAAGAGGGAAGCCAAGGAGAACGCAGCUAUGCUGGUGUAUGAUAUUCUGAAUGGGAAUGAAGCUACGGAGGCUGCAGACGGUCAGCAGAGUGAGAAGUUAAACCAAAGUUUGGAUGAAAGUUGCUCCGUGGACUCGGAGCUCCCAGACAGAAAUUUCAUUGGACGUCUCAACGACUUCUGUCAAAAGUACAAACGCCUUCAUUCUUACAUUCUGGGGAACAAAUGCGGUGCUCCUCAUGCCCUAAAAUUUUCAUACAAAGUAAUGAUUGAUGGCCAGGAAUACCCUACAGGUGAAGGUAACACUGCAAAGGAGGCCAAACAAAACGCCGCCAGAAUGGCUUUGUCUGCUCUCCAGGGGCAGUCUGACUGGGACAGUAAGAUGUCUGUCAAGUCAAGCGGAUCUGAAGAUGAGGCAACAACGUCUUUAAAUGAGCCGUCUCCAGAAAAGAUGCAAAACACUGAAAGUGACUCAAUAAUAUUUGCUGAUUCAUCAAAUGACUCCAAAGCUCAGGAGAACGUUGGAACCAAAAAAGUAGGAAAUAGAAAUGUCUCCAAGUCAAGAUUUGAACGAGAGUACGAUAUCUUGGGUCGAAUUGGCAAAGGAGGCUUUGGUCGUGUUUACAAAGUACGAAAUCGUUUGAUAAACAGGGAAUACGCAGUAAAAAUAGUUUCUGGAACAGAAAAGGCUAAACAAGAGGCUUCGACUCUGGCAAAACUCCAGCAUGAUAAUAUAGUUCGUUAUUACAUUGCCUGGAUGGAGGACUCACGAUAUCUAGACGAUGUCAGUCAAACCACCACUGACUCUUCAAGCAUCUUGUGUGAGGAGUUCCUCUAUAUUCAGAUGGAAUUGUGCCGCUCUGAAACACUUAAAGACUGGAUUAAAGACAAGAACCGUAAGGAUCUGCAGGCCUAUCAGAGAAGAGGGGAAAGUCUCCCUAUAGCUCUACAAAUCAUCAGUGGAGUGGAAUACAUUCAUAGCAACGGUCUUAUUCACAGAGACCUUAAGCCAGCAAAUAUUAUGUUUGGAAUGGACAACAAGGUGAAGAUCGGAGACUUUGGGUUGGUCACCACGGAGGCGGUUGAUGAUGAAAAGAGGAUGGCGAGAUCCAAGACAGGAACCAAAGUAUACAUGGCUCCUGAGCAAACGAGUGGGAACUAUGGACAGAAAGUGGAUAUGUUUGCUUUGGGGCUGAUCUUCUUUGAGCUUCUCUGGAAGCUCUGGACCGGCCAUGAAAGAGUCCAGAUUUGGGAAAAUGCAAGAAGGAAGAAAUUUCCCGCUCAGUUUUUAGAAACUUUUCCUGAGGAGAGUUUAAUUAUUAAGUCCUUGCUGUGUGAAAAGCCAGACGACAGACUUGAAGCGACGGCAGUAAAGGCUGAGCUGGAAAAGUUUGUGCAAAACUUAGAAUCCGCCAAGGAGCUGGAGAAGAAUCACACCGUCUGAUUCUGCAGAGGCAAACGUUCUUUACUGAACUCACAUUAAGGUUAUGUCCAAAUUCCUUCACUACUUACAAAUCAGUACGAUUUAUAGGACAUUUUGCCAUGUUGUCGAAUCCACGGUACCCUGGAAAUUUCCCAGAAGUCUUUGUGAAAAACCAGUGUGCAUCGAUGCUCACUAGAUCGGAGAAUAUAGACCCCAAUAAAUUGCAUUUGAACGA